AUGAAGACACCACCCCAAAAUUUGCUCAAACAAAACCGCAUGAUCCUCAUAUUUCUCAUUGUCGUAUUACUAUCGACUUGUUCUACCCACCACCCUUUGGCCAAAGCUACAAUCUUUCCUCGCUCAUCAUCUUCCUCAAACAUUCAAUUAUCACUAAAGCCAUUGAUCCUCGAUGGCAAUCUCAGCUUUGAAAACAUUCACGAAGCAGCCACGGACUUCGGCAAUAUAUACCACUUCCUUCCCUCUGCAAUUCUCUACCCAGAAACAGUUUCUGAUAUUUCCACCAUAAUAAAAAAUAUUAACGAAAUGGGCACCACCUCAGGGCUCACAGUUGCAGCAAGAGGCAAUGGCCACUCUGUUCAAGGUCAAGCACAGGCAUAUCGGGGGAUCGUGAUCGAUAUGAAAUCGCUCCGGGGACCAGAAAUGCAGUUUUACACCGGAGAGCUGCCGUAUGUGGAUGUUUCCGGCGGUGAACUUUGGGUAAAUAUUCUGAAUGAAAGUCUUAAACAUGGGCUGUCUCCAAAGUCUUGGACUGAUUUUCUUCGUCUAACGGUCGGAGGGACAUUGUCGAACGCCGGAAUCAGUGGGCAGGCAUUCCGGCAUGGACCUCAGAUCAAUAACGUCUACCAACUAGAGGUGGUCACAGCAUCACCACAGUUAUGA